CACAGUUUCAAUGGCCGCCCGGAGAAAACAAUCCUCCAGUGACAUCUUUGGAUCAUGAGCAAUGUUCCAAACCACGUGAUUUGUGUCUCACAUUUGCCGGAGACACCCACGUGACCUUCCCUUACAGAUCUCUCAUCUCUGAUCUAAUCUCUACCUAACCGUCGCAAAGAUUCUUCCUUUCUUACUUCUUCCUCCAUUUUUUCACUCCGCAACAGUUGAAUGGCGACACUGAGCAAAACCCAUCGGCCAAAAUCCACUCCGGGAUCUCAGAGACUUGUUCUGUUAUGUAUAUUCGCCGUCGCAUUGCUUCUCAUUUUCUCUUCGGUGAUGUCCACCGGCGAAUUGGGUUUACCGUAUCGGAAAACUCUGAUUGAUUAUUUCGUCAAGUCUCCUCGAAGCAAGAGACAUCACAGUUUGUCCGACAAGUAUUUGUAUUGGGGGAACAGAAUCGAUUGUCCUGGUAAGAACUGCGAGACUUGUGCUGGUUUGGGUCACCAAGAAUCCAGCCUUAGAUGCGCACUUGAAGAAGCCAUGUUUCUUAACAGGACAUUUGUAAUGCCUUCUCGGAUGUGCAUCAAUCCAAUACAUAACAAGAAAGGCAUACUCAAUCGAUCCAACAAUCAAACUACAGACGAAAGUUGGGAAGUGAGCUCUUGUGCAAUGGAUUCAUUGUAUGAUAUUGACCUCAUCUCUGAGAAGAUCCCUGUGAUCUUGGAUGACUCGGAAGCCUGGCACAUUGUGCUAUCAACGAGUAUGAAACUGGGAAAACGAGGGAUUGCGCAUGUGUAUGGAGCCAAUAGGCAUGAGCUUAAUGACUCUAGCCACUUUGCAAAUCUUUUGCUUAUUAACCGAACCGCAAGUCCCUUGGCAUGGUUUGUUGAGUGCAAGGAUCGAAGUAAUCGCAGCGCCGUCAUGCUUCCUUAUUCAUUUCUCCCGAAUAUGGCAGCAUCAAGAUUGAGAAAUGCUGCAGAAAAGAUAAAAGCACAGCUCGGUGAUUACGAUGCAAUCCAUGUUCGUCGUGGAGACAAAUUGAAAACAAGAAAAGACAGGUUUCAUGUUGAAAGGAGUCAGUUUCCACAUUUAGACAGAGACACACGUCCAGAGUUUAUCAUGGGCAGGAUACAGAAGCAGAUCCCACCAGGACGGACUCUUUUCAUCGGUUCUAAUGAGAGAACCUCUGGAUUCUUCUCCCCUCUCUCUAUCAGGUACAAAGUGGCUUAUUCGUCGAAUUUUAGUGAGAUUUUGGAUCCUAUCAUCGAGAACAACUAUCAGUUAUUCAUGGUGGAGAGACUGAUAAUGAUGGGUGCAAAGACAUUCUUCAAAACAUUUAGAGAGUACGAAACGGAUCUCACUUUAACAGAUGAUCAAAAAAAGAGCAAGAACUGGGAAAUACCAGUUUACACCAUGGAUGAAGGCAAAGACGAAGCAAGCUAACUAUCUAUGAUCUCGCUAGCAAAGACUACACAAUGAUUCAGACAAGAGUUUCAUCACUUUUUCACUUACUCGGGAGUUAAGAAAGCCUAAUCUUGUCCGAUGAUUUUACAGCCGGUAGUGGGCCAAAUCUAUGUAUGUAAUGUGAAACCAGAGGCAUGAUUUGGGUUAGGACAGUCUUUUAAGCCAGCUUUUUUUACAAGGACUUUUGAUAUAUUAUCAAGUAUUCAGCUAAAUCAACUCAUCAUCCAUCAGAAAUGUAAUUUUGA